AUGGCUUCCCAAAGAUCCGUGCUCAUGCUCGGUGCUGGCUUCGUCACCAAGCCAACGCUCGACAUCCUUAGUGACGCAGGCAUCCAAGUCGCUGUUGCGUGCAGGACACUCACAGCAGCCCAGAAGCUCUCCUCUGGCGUCAAGAACGCACACCCCAUCUCCCUCGAUGUCAACAACCAGGAGGCCCUGGACGCUGAGGUUGCCAAGCAUGACCUUGUCAUCAGCUUGAUCCCUUACACGUACCACGCCACCGUCAUCAAGUCUGCUAUCCGCAACAAGAAGCAUGUCGUCACGACCAGCUACGUCAGCCCUGCCAUGCUGGAGCUCGAUGCUGCGGCCAAGGAGGCUGGCAUUACCGUCAUGAACGAGAUUGGUCUUGAUCCGGGUAUCGACCAUCUGUACGCUGUGAAGACCAUCGACGAGGUGCACAAGGCUGGAGGCAAGAUUAUUUCUUUCAAAAGCUACUGUGGCGGGCUUCCGGCGCCCGAGGACUCGGAUAACCCGCUGGGUUACAAGUUCUCUUGGUCUUCCCGCGGUGUUCUGCUGGCUCUACGCAACGAUGCCAAGUACUGGCAGGAUGGCUCGGUCGUCGAGGUCUCUGGCCCGGAGCUGAUGGCUGUGGCCAAGCCAUACUUCAUCUACCCCGGCUACGCUUUCGUUGCCUACCCGAACCGUGAUUCUACCCCUUAUAAGCAGAGAUAUAACAUUCCCGAGGCCGAGACUGUUGUCCGUGGAACCUUGAGAUAUCAGGGCUUCCCUCAGUUCAUCAAAGUUUUGGUCGACAUUGGUUUCCUUUCCGAUGCGGCCACCGAAACUCUGACCCAGCCCAUCACCUGGGCCGAGGCCACCAAGCAGGUCAUCGGUGCCCCCUCCACAUCGGUGGAGGACCUGAAGAAGACCAUUCUGGACAAGGCGACCUUCGAGUCUCCCGAGGAUAAGGAGAGGAUCAUCAGCGGCCUGUCGUGGAUUGGCAUCUUCUCCGAUGAGAAGAUCAUCCCCCGCGGCAACCCCCUGGACACCCUUUGUGCCCAGCUGGAGAAGAAGAUGCAGUUCGAGGAGGGCGAGCGUGACUUUGUCAUGCUGCAGCACAAGUUCCUCAUCGAGCACGCCGAUGGAUCCCGAGAGACAAGGACCUCUACCCUGGCCGAGUACGGUGAUCCGAAGGGAUAUUCCGCUAUGGCGAAACUUGUUGGUGUGCCAUGUGGUGUGGCCGUCAAGCAGGUGCUCGACGGUACCAUCUCCGACAAGGGUAUUCUAGCACCCAUGUCUUCUAAGAUCAACGACCCAUUGAUGAAGGAACUGAAGGAGAAGUAUGGCAUCUUCCUGGUUGAGAAGACCAUUCAGUAA